GGCCCCGUGGUGCACUCUAACCACUGAUCCACACCGGCCAGGGCUUCCAUUAAAUCUUUUUUACAGGAAUUGGGCAUUUUUGUGGCUAGCCCUGGCCCUCCUGCAGUAGCACACUUGCAUGGGUUGGGGUCAGGAGUCAGGGCAGCUGGGACAGACAUCGAUCCAUCAUGGGGAACCUUUCUGCCCCAACACGUGUCCCUCUCCUCCCCAGGGCGAGUGCUCCCGCAAAUGCCACAACCUCUUCGUGAUGGAGACGGUGUGCGUGGCCUGGUUCUCCUUGGAGUUCCUGCUGCGCUCGCUGCAGGCCGAGAACAAGUGCGCCUUCCUACGGACGCCGCUCAAUAUCAUCGACAUCCGCCGCUGCGCGCGCGAGUUCGGGCUGCUGCUGCUCUUCCUCUGCGUGGCCAUGGCCCUGUUCGCGCCGCUCGUGCACCUGGCCGAGCGCGAGUUGGGCGCGCGCCGCGACUUCACCAGCGUGCCGGCCAGCUACUGGUGGGCGGUCAUCUCCAUGACCACCGUGGGCUACGGUGACAUGGUGCCCCGCAGUGUGCCCGGACAAGUGGUGGCGCUGAGCAGCAUCCUCAGCGGCAUCCUGCUCAUGGCCUUCCCGGUCACCUCCAUCUUCCACACCUUCUCGCGCUCCUACUCGGAGCUCAAAGAGCAGCAACAGCGCGCCGCCAGCCCCGAGCCGGCCCUGCGUGAAGACAGCACGCGCUCCGCCAGCGCCAGCGCGACGGAGGCCAGCUCGCAAGAUCCCGAAGGCUCCGGCGAGACUGGGGACUCAGCGGACCUCGCAUGGGCGCGCACAGGGCCAGCCUGACCUGGGCGGACACCCUGUGCUCAGGGGCGGCCGCGGCUGUCCAUCACAGGAGGCUGCCCCUCACAAGCUUUAGAAACAGAACUACAGCCCUGGCCUCCCACUGCGCAGAGGGACAGGAACUCAACUUAGGGGCAGCUGCUCCCAAAGCCCUAAGGGGCGUCGCUCCUAUUGGCGCGUAUCAGGUCCAAGUGCAUGUUGCUGCGACCAGUGAGGCUCCUAGGAGUCGGAGGUGAUGUUAAAAGCCAACUUGUGCUUUGAGCAAAUUUCCCAGAGGGCACCCCAUCCUGUCCUCCUUCCUUUUAUUUCCCUUUGGAGUUCUCUGUGGCUAGCUAAAAAUAAAUUCAGGAAGUCCCAGAACGUCCAGCCUGUAGCAAUACCAGAAGGUCACACUGUCCCCAGACAUCAGCCUAACCCUUCCCUGCUAUUCAGCCCGAAGGUCCUGGGACCAGUGGGGGAGGGGAGCGCAGUGGGGCACAGUCUUGGGGGAGGAGUUUACGGGAACGGGGACAGCCCCUUCCUGCUCUAGCCAUCUCACCCAGGUGGGCUAUGCCCCAGGGGAGGAAGGCCUUCCCCAUGCACCCAGCUCUGCAGAAGCCCACAUCCCUGCCAUGUGAUAGGCACAGGUCUCACAUGGAGGCUCACAGCCCACCAGGUCCUUUGGGGGUCCAGCCCUGACCUCUGACCUCUAUCCCUGGCACUAUCUGGUGGGCCUCUUCCUAGGUCUCCCCCUCACAGUUCUCCCCUGAAACGCCUCCGUCCUCUCAGCUGCCUGGGGACCGGGUGCUAUCCUCUGGGAUGGUCCACUCCUGUAGGAACUUCUCUGGCGGUUCAGGGGGGGCGGGGCGGGAAGGGCCUAGGCCUGCAGGUGCUAGAAGCCUGUUUUCAUGGAGGCGUGAACCUUUUCUCCUCUGGAGACAGAAGAAUGGAACUCUCCCAAUUAUGCUGCUUUGCACUUUUUCAUUUUAAUCAGUUGAGCCAUGACACCUGGAACAUCGCUGCCACAGACCCUGCUGGAGGACCUUCAUCACUCAAGAGGCCCCACUGAUGCAGGGCAUCCAUCCACCACCAUCCCUUCCAGCUUUGGGCAU